CUACAACCCGACGCCAGUGUUACUUACGCGCAAUGGCGAAGGUCUCUCGCAACAUCAAGACAAUUACUAUGUAUUCCCAUCAAGACGCUCUCCUUUGCCCGGCACACGCUUAUGUGAUACAUUGCUCAUGUAUCACUUCGUCCGCAUGCCAUUCACGAUAUCCUGUGAAACCCGGCAUCACUAUCAGCUACCUCUUUCAUUCACUACUCAACUUGAACGAAGCUAUUGGCGCAGAACUAAUUUCGAAGCACAUCCGCCAAUUAUGACAUAUGUUGGUAAAUCCGCUGGUGCCUCUGUUCUCAAAGCCAGUGCUUUUGGUAUAGCUCUGGUUACACGCACAGAUAUAUUCGUGGACAAUACCUUGGUCCAAAACAAUUGAUCUUUUAAAAAAGUCUUUAAACACUUUUUCGCAUUUUAUUCAAAACCAGAGACAAUUACACUGUAGCUG